GAAGAACGUCCAGGACAUCCCGAAUCAGCCGAAACCACGGGGUCGGUUGAAAAGCCUGGAGACUGGAGACCGGAGAACGGAGAACGGAGAAGUGAACCAGUCGGAGACGCCUGGCUAACGACUGGUGUCAUUUCCGGGCCUCCACUCUUCCCCGGCUCUCAGGCAAUCACGGGCUGCCCAUGCCAUGCCAUCCCGCCCGUGACUUGCUUCCAUCCGGAACCGAUCAGGGUCUCUGCGGAGCACCAUCAGCUCGAAUUUUCCCUCUCCUAUUGAUUUCUUCCGGUAGAGUUAGUGGUUCAGGAACACCGACGGUGCCUUGUUUUAUUUAAUAUCGGCUGACUGCUUCUUUCUUCUCUCUCCUGCCCCUUCCCCUCCUCUUGUUUCCUCCCUCCGCCUGGCCUGUCAUCCGUGUUUUUCUUUUUCUUGUUGCAUCUUUACCCCGCCAUGGCAACCCCGCAGGAACUCGUCCCCCAGACGGAAUCCAUCGCUGAGGUCUACGCAACCGACGACGCUUCGGUCACCUCGAUUGCCCCUCAGCACCAGGAUCGAUUCAAUAAUCUGGUCGCCCAGUUUACCAAGUCGUACAACCAUCGCCCGGAUUUCGUGGCCCGCAGUCCCGGUCGCGUCAACAUCAUCGGCGAGCACAUCGACUACAACCUGUAUGAUGUCCUUCCCACCGCCGUGAGCGUGGACGUGAUCAUCGCUGUAAAAGUCAUCCCCUCCACAGGCUCUGAGUCGGUUGUAAAGAUUUCCAAUGUUAACCCUGAAAAAUUCCCUACCCGCGAGUUCACCGUGCCUCACGACACGGACAUUGAGAUCGACCCAAAGAAGCAUGAAUGGGUCAACUACUUCAAGGCCGGGCUUCUGGGAGCCCUGAAAUUUCUGCGCAAGCACAAUGCAGAUGGUUCUUUCGUCCCCGCUAGUAUCGAAGUCCUCCUGGAUGGUAACGUGCCUCCGGGUGGUGGUAUCUCUAGCAGUGCCGCGUUCGUGUGCGCCAGUGCCUUGGCAGUCAUGAAGGCCAACAACCAUGAUGUCUCAAAACAGGAUCUGCUUGAUCUGGCUGUGGUUUCUGAGCGCGCAGUUGGUGUCUACUCGGGAGGAAUGGACCAAGCCGCUUCCAUUUUCUCUCGUCGAGGAUACUUGCUGUAUACCCAGUUCUACCCUAACUUCUCCGUUCAGCAUGUUCCUAUCCCCAAGGCAGAUGAGGAAAUUACUUUCCUCAUGGCGCAGAGCUUCGUCACCUCUAACAAGGCUGAGACCGCCCCUCGUCAUUACAACCUUCGCGUCGCUGAGUGCACGCUCGCCGCUGUGGUCCUGGCUGCCAGAAAUGGACUGACCCUCCCCAAGGACAACAGUUCUCUCGGCUUCAGUCUUCGUAACUUCCACAAUGCGCUGAUGAGCAAAGAGGGCCGCUUGGGAGAUCCCCUGGAGUACCAGAUUGAUUCUGUGAUCCAGAGUACCAUGGAGAUCCUGACGCAAGAACAAGGAUACACUCGCGAGGAGAUUGCCACGCUCCUUAAUAUUACAGUCCCUGAGCUCGAAGCUAAGUAUCUCUCUUCGUUCCCUGUCCAAGCAGACCGCUUCCUCCUCCGGCAGCGCGCCCUGCAUUGCUUCACCGAGGCUCGUCGGGUGCUGGACUUCAAGGCGUGCCUCGCUAAGGCGACGAAUCUCGACGAGAGACGUAUCCAGUAUCUGGGCCAACUUCUGAAUGAAUCCCAGACCUCGUGCCGCAACCUUUACGAGUGCAGCGCUCCGGAAGUGGACGAGAUCUGCGACAUUGCACGCCGGGCGGGUACCUUGGGUAGCCGCCUGACCGGCGCUGGAUGGGGCGGUUGCACCGUUCACAUGCUUCCUCAGUCCAAGGUUGAGGCUGUUACCAAGGCCUUGAAGGAAGAGUACUACCUGAAGAGGUUCCCGGACAUCAGUGAGGAGAAAUUGACCGAAGCGAUGGUCAUCAGUAAGCCCUCUAACGGCUCGUUCCUGGUCACGGGCGCAGCCAUUGCCCAGGUCGAGGUCUAAGGUGGGUUUUCUUGGAUAUAAUGUUUCAUCUAGUCGGCAUGAUGGUCUUGGAUCUAGCGUUGGUUUAUUCUCCUGCAGACUGCAAACACAGAUUCAAAGUUCUGUGUUCAUUGGAAACCCAUGCACUUGUGUAUAACGUGAAGUAUCUGUACAAAUGGGACUAUUUUCUCGGUGACCACCGAUGUGCUCUG